AUGGCCGACACAUCGAAACCCGUCAAGAAGGCGUCGCCUAUCAAGAACGGCUACCUCAUCCUUUACAAUGCCGUAUCUGCGGUCCUCUGGCUCACAGUGCUUAGUCGCGUCGUCAGCGCCAAUAUAACAGGCGGACCUCUAUUGGUGUACCCAACAGUCGGCGAGUUCUGCAAAUGGACACAGACGGUGGCUGGUAUGGAGGUCUUGCACUCGCUUCUAGGCGUCGUUCGUGCCCCCCUUUUCACGACCUUUAUGCAAGUCUUCAGCCGAUACGCGAUCGUAUGGGGUAUUACCGACCUAUUCCCCGAACUAGCCCUCGGUAGUGAUAGCGGUGAUAGCUAUUCGAGCUUGGCCUAUUCGUCGAUGCUGGUCGCUUGGGCUACUACUGAGAUAAUUCGAUACUCAUACUUCGCUCUGGGCUUGUCGUCGGGCGGAAAGCCACCGUAUGUCCUACACUGGCUGCGAUACCACGCCUUCUUUAUCUUGUAUCCUGUCGGCAUAUCUAGCGAGGCGUACUUGAUCUGGCGUGCUGUUGAGCCCGCCAAGGAGGCGGUCAGCCCUUUAUACUCGACGGUGCUAUUCGGAUACGUGGCAUUGGUGUAUCCUCCGUCCGCCUAUAUCCUGUAUACACAUAUGAUGGCUCAAAGAAGGAAGGUCAUGAAGGCAGCUAAGACGUCGGACAAGAAGGCUUCGAAAUAG